UAACAAUAAAUAAUCUAUACUUAUAAAAUUUUCAGAAAAUGAUGAAAUUACGGAUUCCUUAUCAAAAUAUCUUCUCUAUACAUAAACAUUUUUCAACGUCAAAUUUAGUGCUGGCUAAACGUUGGCAGGAGAAAAACAAGAAAGAAUAUGAGACUGAGUUUAAUAAUCCCGUCAGAGAGGUCGCAGGAAUGCAAGUAAACCCCGAGAAGGGGUACGUAAUUGAUAAAAAACCAUUUAAAAUGCGUGUGGAGAAAUAUGUGGAAUAUACUUGGUGUGGCUGUGGCUGGGGGAGAACCUGCCAACCAUUUUGUGAUCAAUCCUGCCAACAGCCUUGGCUAAAGAGAGUCAUGAAGGGAGGACCUGUUACCUACAUUGCCCCUGAAACUAAGGAUGUUUGGUUUUGUAAUUGUAAACAAACUGAAAACCGACCUUUUUGCGAUGGAACUCACAGAACUCCGGAGAUUCAAGAAGCAAGAUUAGACUUUGUUCGAGAAAACUGGGAACCUAAAGAAAUAAAGAAAUCUAGUUAGAAUCUUCUCCAUAUUAAACUUUUCAGAAA